GGUCAGGGAAGUAAAGUGUUAACCCCAUUUUCAAUGAACUGGCGCCACCCUUUUCCUAAUUAGAUUCGCAUUUUCGCAAUGACUGUAUCCCGUUAGGUAAUAUACAGCAGCACUUCCUAUAGUAUUGAAAAUGCUCUUAAGGUCUAGCUGCUAGCACGAGAGCUGUAGAGAGGCUGGGUUCUUGACAUGCAUGACAGAGAGACUCAACGUCGACUAGAGGCGAACUGUCACACACAGCUCCGCGAACAUAAGUCAGUUGAGGACAGAAGAGAAAAAUAGGAAAGCCGAUUGUUUUUCUUUGCAAUACAGUAGUGAGGCUCACUAUCUGAUCUAAUCUCUCGUCCUUAUUGUUUUAGUGAGGCAAAGUCGCAGUGCGUAAAUGCGCGAUUUUUUUUUUGGACAAACAAUAACAGAGGGAGCGAUUCAACGUGUCCAACACAGAGCUGUAGUUUUUUAACCGGCGAGGAAUGCUAUCUGAGCUCGCGCAUCAAUGUUUCACUGGGGCAAGUGGAAGAAGAGGAUGGGCGCGAAUAGUUCUUCUAAGAGACCUGUCUACGAUGAAAAGGAAGAUGUAACCUUUGACCACUUCCAGAUUCUCCGGGCCAUUGGGAAGGGGAGCUUCGGAAAGGUGUGCAUCGUGCAGAAGAGGGACACAGAGAAGAUGUACGCCAUGAAGUACAUGAACAAACAGCAGUGCAUAGAGCGAGACGAGGUCCGAAACGUCUUUAGAGAGCUAGAGAUCCUACAGGAAAUUGAACAUGUUUUUUUAGUAAACCUCUGGUACUCGUUCCAGGACGAGGAGGACAUGUUCAUGGUGGUGGAUCUGCUGCUGGGAGGAGACCUGCGCUACCACCUCCAACAGAAUGUCAAUUUCAACGAGGACGCUGUCAAACUCUACCUGUGUGAGAUGACCCUGGCACUGGACUACCUGCAGAGCCAGCACAUCAUCCACAGGGAUAUCAAACCAGACAACAUCUUGUUAGAUGAGCAAGGCCACGCCCACCUGACAGACUUCAACGUUGCUACAAUAAUAAAGGAUGGAGAGAGGGCCACGGCCUUAGCUGGAACCAAGCCCUACAUGGCCCCAGAGAUCUUCCAGUCCUUUGUGAGCGGGGGGGUGGGUUAUGCCUUUGAGGUGGACUGGUGGUCACUAGGCGUGACGGUUUUCGAGGUGCUGCGUGGAUGGAGGCCCUAUGAGAUCCAUGCCAGUAACUCAGUGGAGUCUUUAAUGCAGCUCUUCAGUACAGUCAGUGUGCAAUACAACUCCACCUGGCCCAAGGAUCUGGUCCAUCUCAUGAGGAAGCUGCUGACGGUGAACCCAGAGCAUCGUUUCUCCAGCCUGUCUCACAUGCAGACGGCUCCCUACCUCUCUGACAUCAACUGGGACGCUGUGUACGAGAAGAAGAUAGAGGCAGGGUUUGUUCCUAACAAGGGCCGUCUGCAUUGCGAUCCCACCUUUGAGCUGGAGGAGAUGAUACUAGAAUCUCGUCCCCUCCACAAGAAGAAGAAGAGACUGGCCAAGAACAGGUCACGGGAAGCCAGCAAGGAUUCCCAGUCUGAGAACGACUACCUACAGGAGUGCCUUGAAGUCGUGCAGUCAGAGUUCAUGAUCUUCAACCGCGAGAAGUUGAAAAAGAGUCAGGAGGAGGGUGCAGAGGGAGGGGAGUGUGAAGGUGCUGCCGUGGGGGGUGAUGAUGGUGAUGGAGACGGAUCCGGGGAGGCUGAGGGAGGCACAGAGGAUGAGGAUCCCGAACCCGAACCUGAGUCCUCCUCCAAACUGAGCAUGUGCGGCUCGGUCUGCUCCUCUCCUGGCAGCUGCUAGCACCACACCGCCACCUGGUGGUCUCACAGGCUGCUGUGUGUGUGCGUGUGUAACCAUGCCUAUAGAUACUUUAACCUCUCCUAUGUAGCCAUGAUGACUGGGUGAACAGGAUCGCACAGCAGAACAACAACGCACAGCAGGACACAAAAUGGCUCCCCUAUUUCUUCUUCUGUAGCAUCCAUCGUUAAGGCAUGAAUGGGACUGCAGGUUCCAGAGCGGUCCUGCCCUCCGCGCCCUAGAGUAAGCGCUAACUAUCUUCUAUGCAACGUACAGUAUAGCAUGAAAGUAAGGUAUCAUUACGAGAGGGGAUAACAAGCAGCAGAAGCCACAAGCACAGUAUAUGAGCCUGAUGACAUACAGAGAAAUAGGAGACCGGUUUAAGAGUGUACGAGAUUUCUUUAGCAGAGCCUCUCCGCUCUUUCAGCCUCGGGUAGAUGUAGCUCCCUCUGCAAACUCACAUGCUAAAUUAUUCAAAUAGAGUUAGGCACUCUUAGCUUUCUUUGCCUGUGUAGCUCAUGCAAUCCCUCUCAUACUCUCUGUGCACCCUAUUCGGAACUACAAUAUUACUGUUGUUGGAUUACCUUCUCCAAAUGCCUAUCAUUUCAAUUAUAAUAUAUAAUUGUUAAAGUAUCACAAUGCCAAUAUACAGUGUAGUGCACAUAGAAAUAUAAUUACUAUUAUAUUACUAUGUUCUAUGGGAUUCUAUUUCUAAGGUAUUGCAGUGGAUAGAGACUUUUUAAGAGGUUAAUGCUGUUUCAAGUUGCGGGCCAUUAAGGAUAAGGAGGUUUUGCAAGUGUAAGUAAACCACUAGUUCAAUCCAAUACUGUAAAACCACUUUAAAUGGUGUUGAUUGUUAAUCAAUAGCCAUUCAUCACACGUAAUUAUAUCUACAUUAUGCAUCAGCAUGCCAGUUUGAUAUUCCUACAGGGAUUACGCUCCUCCAACAAAUCCUUUUCCCCUACAGUGUUAGAUUUUCAAAGGCCCUAAGUACAACUGUGGUGUAAGUGAAGGUUUCCCUCACCAUCGAUCUCUGUGACUGUUGCCAAGAUGCGGUUCUUCUCACACUGUUCCAUUGUGGGCUACAUGCUCGUACUGCUUUAGUGCUUAUCUGUUCAACAUAAACAUUGUCACUAACAGGGGAUCAGACCAUAGAAAUAUAAUUAUAUUGAAUGUACCCAUGAGGGUGCAGUCAAAUUGUCGUGGUCUGAGGGGCUUCCCCCUUUCUAGUCAUUCUAUUUCUAUGGAUCAGAAAUGAUUAACUUCUUUUGAAUAGCUACAAAACAAUCUUGUGGUUGAACAUUAUCCCUUAAUAGACAACAAUAACUAUUACCUAGUGGAAUUUGACAAUUGUCUCUCAAAUAUGAUUGUCUCGAUCACUACAUAUAGAAAAUUAUCAUUGGGCAAUAUUUUAAGUUGUUUAGUUGAAACAGUCACCUAGUAGAGACAGUGGUAUAUUUAAGGUGGUGCCAUUUACUCUCAGCAUGGACAUCUGGGAACAUGUAGCAUAGUCCACCUUAAAACCCUAAGGCCUAACAAAGUAACACGUGUAAAUAGACUAGCCUAACUCUCCACAGUUUUAUGUGGGACUGCUUACUAAACUAACAUACAUGUUACUAAAUUAAGAGUUGUAUGAAGCCAAACCUUCAUACACUGUUGUACUGAUCUUAUUUCCAAGUGUGCAGGCACAACUUGUAGGCAGAUAUGCCAAAGCUUUUCUACCAUUUGCAUUGCCAUUUCUAAGGAACUUUGAGUGUGUGAAUGUAUGUUUCCUCUCUGUUGUGCAUAGAACCACUGUUCCUUCUGGAAGUGAAAAUACUAUCAUUUGUAUACAACUAUUUAUUGUGAUUAUAGAUAAAGGAAUGUUUUUUGGGAGAAAUAAAAUAGUAUUUAAUUAUAUGAAAAAAAAAUGAAGAUGCCUCUUAAAAAGAGGUGAGGUGGAAAAAUGCACAGAUUUCCUAUCAAAAUAAGCGCAUUAACUACACCGAUAGCGUCUCGAACCCUGCAUGUACCUCUAUUCAAGGUUUGAAUCUGAUUUUGUAGGAGUCCCAAACGCUAGGGUUUGCGUGGCUUACAGUAUGUGCACGUGCAAGCUUCAGCCAUAGAGAUGGAUAGAGAUCUCUACUUGGAAAUAAUCUGUUUUUGCAUGGACAUUGCCAUUGAGGGCUUCCACAAUUUUAAAGUAGUCAAGUGGGCGGGGAUUCCUAUGGGUUGGGAGCAUUCAGCUAAUAAUCAGAGCGUUUGCUUCUUCAAAUUUGGUUACCUGGUUUGUAAAUGGCUUUAAGCUGUAUCACUGCCAUUAGUGGCCACAAUAAAUAAAUGACACACAAGAUUUGGUUCAGGACUCCUGCACUGCAGGUGGUGGUAAAUCACCAAUAUAAGCUGUAUGCAUUUUCCAAACACAAAAGAAGAAGAAAUUUGACCACUUCAAUGGCUGCCCAUGCUCUCAUUUUUUACCUUUAUUUAACUAGGCAAGUCAGUUAAGAACAAAUUCUUAUUUACAAU